CACAAACAGACACACGAUCGAUGCRGACURCAAGCAGGAUAUAGCUUCAACACUUCUUUGUUUUUCGCAAGAACAMUACCAAGCAUGUCGAAGAACAAAUCAAUAUCUUCGGCUGUUGCCGUCGCUGCGGUUGUCUUCUCUUUGUUCUCGCUGUCGGCUUUUUACGAUGUUCAAAUCGUUCACUCUUUUUCAAAYCUGCCAUCCUCCCGAAGGCGGUUUGUCGUCGUYGCAAACAAUCGAAAUCGCAUCGGCGCAAAGAAUAUUUUUUCGACCCAACUGCAGGACGCUGAGGUCAGCGUCCGCAGCAGCAGCAGCAAGAGAUCGGAAUCGCGCCAGCAAAAAGGGGGCAAAGGAAACAACGGCGUCRWCAACAACAACMACAACAACAACAAAUACAGGGACCGAAAAGAACAGCAGCAGCGAGAACGCGAAAGGCGAGWACUCAAGAACAAACUCCUGCGAGCCCGUGAUUCGAUACUCUAUUUUGGAGAGGGCAGCGAGAACGAGCCGGGCUCGGGGCCCUCGGAAGAGCUCAAGUCGGACAUWCUUCCGACCCUCACUAGGUCGUACUCCUCGGUAAUUUUAAGGGCACCGUCACCCUCUUCGUCCAGCCUAGAUCUCUUUGACCCGUGGGAUAUCCGGGAUGUGAUCCUGCAAGAAUCCCGGCCGGUGCAGGAACGAUUCCUUGGCCUUCUUGCGGUCCUGAUGCAGGUGACCACGCACAUCCAAGAAGAAUAYACCGUUUACAACAACACCGCUGCGACUAGAAAAGCCAAACAAAAAUCAGUAGCAGAAAUUACGGACCUAAUCCGGGCCGUSCAAUCUCAGCUGUGGCGGACCUGCCGUUUGAUACUCGAGGACAUGCUGGCAAAGACAACAAACAGUGCCGAGACAAUGAACCAGGUGACCCAUGUUCUGUCUCCCAUCCCUAUUACCGCUCUUGCAACCUCUCUUCGUGCACUMUCGGCGGUCUCGGGAGAAAACGGAAACGUUUACGCCGGAUCCGGUGUGGAAGAAAUCAAGGAGYUGAUCCAGCUUGUUAAUGAAGCAAGGAUAGCAGSAUCCGAGACCCACACACACGAAAGCAUCGACGACGAUAAGCUCGAUCGGGCCUUGCUGACCGCUUGGAAUUGUUAUCUAUCCUCUCUCUGUGACCGGGCGUUGAUCACCAACAAUCCCUAUGAUUCCGGGCUAGCAAGCGCCGCGGCGUUGCUUCGAAUGAAAUCCAACGAAACCGGCCUCGUUGACCCYGAUAUUACAUCGUACAACACGGUCAUGGGCAAUGCAGCAAAGCUCGGAAACGCAACMCUGGUCGAUGUGCUCUGGGAGGACUUGUUGGUAAAACGCGGUGAGCUUCCGGAAGAUCGCCGGCUUUCACUUCAGCCCAACAGCAGAACUUACAACRCCCGCCUCAUGGUGACCAACGACUGGGCGAAGCGACUGGAAAUUCUCGACAAUGAAAUCCAUUCGGAUACACACGACAACACCGCUAACGGUGCCACUGCACCCACCGAGAUGACUAAUAUCGAUGGUUUUACCAUCGAUCUSUUGCUGAUACCCUUGCUACAAGCCCACAGGAAGAAAGAGUUGUUURAACUUAUMGACGAUUGGAUGAUCACCGUCGAUCGCCAUCACCACAAGCCACCGCGCAAAGGCGAAGCCACAGAUGAGAAACAACGGAAACAGAAYAAAAACAAGGCGCAGCGCGCCUUUCAAAACGCCAUGUCGGCGUUUUUCAUUACCCUCGUCCAGCGCAACGGGGACGUUUGUACGGCRAGAGAACUAUGGAACMGGUACAUGCUCGUUGAGAUCGACAACAAUAAGGAAGUUAGCAACAGCGGGGACGACUCGGGGGAAGAAACCKCUUCAURUUCCAAUGCUACAAACAUUGUGUUCCCGGAACGGCGGCAUUACAACAUUCUUCUGGACGGGUACGCACGGUUGGUGGACGAGGUACGAGAUCGACAAGGCCCCAAUCUGGAUAUUGCGGUCAAAAAGAUCGGAUUCUCCAAAAAGAAGACGUCCACAAACUCCAAAAAAAUCUGGCAACCGAACGGCGAUGCUGGCAGUGAUCUCGACGUUGUUUCGAAUUCGAAGUUUUAUCGSGAGGUUCAAGAGAAGGCGAUCAGUGACGGGCAGAAUCUGUUUGCCAUCAUGAUGGCSCAGGCCCAGCAGCAAAACCCCCGAAACAAGGUCGGUUCGGAUGUUUAUACCAAGAGCACUAUGAUCCGUCUAUGCCGGAGCGGUCGUGAGGUUCGAAACCUCCUGGAGCAAGCCUCCGAUGCGACCUCCGCCCGUGCCGGUCGGUCACCGUCGGACAAGACGUGGCUCCCGCGAUCGGUGGUCCGGGCCGCAAUCACCACCUGCGGGCGGCUGGGCGAUCCUUCCAUGGCCUGCGAGAUCUUCGAGGACUUYAUGUUCCCGGAAAACGAUAGCGACAGGCGAAAGUUCUUUUCCAACUAUCGCGCCUUCAACAACCUUCUCGGUGCACUUGCCAACGGAGCCAAGAUGGAAAACCCAAAGCUGAAUGUGAUGCCGACUGAAUUCGAGGGCGGGACAAGGCCUCAGACUUUGCUGGGACACGUCCAUGGACUGACGUGUACCGAAGCCGUCGUGUGCAUCCUGGACCUCAUGACUUCCAAGAAUGCCCAAACCUAUUGCGUUGCCGCUUCCGCCCUACAAUACGCCCCACUGGACGAACAAAGCCGGUAUACACCGAGCUCCGAUGGUGUGGACGAAAAGGGAACCAAUACUCCCCUCGGCCUACAGAUUUUUCACAACGCUACCAAAAACGGCAUCCACGCGGACGGGCGGUUGGUWAACGCCAUUUUCCGUUGCUACGGCGACGACAUUGCCGGUGCCCUAGACGGAUGGAAGACCCACAUCCGGAGAGCCACCGACCAGUACGAAAACCGCACCCGCCUCUCGACCCGAAAGAACAUGYUGGCCGCCUACAACGGCUUGCUGUACGUGUGYGGGCGGGCCGAGCGGCCCGACAUUGCCGUCCGGAUCGUGUACGCCAUGAAGAAGGAGGGCCUCGAGAUCAACGAAAACCCCUACAACUGCUACCGGUCGGGGAAGACGACCCGAGAGAUCCUUCUCUCGUCGAGGCCGGACGAACAAGAGGAUGWUUCCAAGGAAGGAAAGUGGCGGCGGAUGCGCCUGCCGAAGCUCGGCAUGGUGGGACAGUACGAAAAUAUUCUGUACGUGGAAUGCAAAAAGUACGACAUGAGGGAUCGGAGGACCCAAAACGACAAACGGGUUCGAAUCAUCGUAUGAUAGCGAUUUUGUACAACAAAGCAGCCAGAUAAUAGAAUGCUACAUCUUAU